CGCUCAUUGUUUUUAUUACGAAUGAAAGGAAGGAAGAACAAUUCGUUGGAAUAUUACGCGUGAAACUCGUCGAAGGAAAUAUUUGUUUAGUAAAAGUGUCUCGUUAUAUUUUGUGGUCGCAAAGUAUCAAUUUUGAAUUGAGUCACGAGUUUUCUCCUCAAAAUCUUCAAUAAAAUCAAUCCAGUAAAAUUGCAAACAGUGCAAAUUCAAUUCCAGUUAAAUAUGGGCAAAAUCAAGAGAAAUUCACUGAAAGCCACACGGGAUGUGUUGAAACCAUACGCCAGCGUUUUUGAUGGUGAUAAAAAGCCCCUCAAAGCAAAAGUCAUUGAAUCUCCAAUUGGUGCAUUGAUUGCUGUGUCGAAUGAAAACAAUCUACUCUUCCUCACUCCCAUUGGAGGCAAGCACUUGGAUUCUGAGCUGCAGCAACUAACCAAAGUGUUCUCAAAGUCAAUCGUUGAAGAUGAUGACAGCAAACCGUUGAAGUUACUUGAAUCAGAACUGAAUGAAUACUUCAUAGGUGAUUUGAUGGAAUUUAAAACGCCAUUUGAGAUGAAUGCAAUUGGAACGGAAUUUCAGCAGUCAGUAUGGAAUGAAAUACACAAAAUUGAAUAUGGCAAAACAAGUACCUAUUCGGAACUGGCACGGAAAAUUGGAAAACCGAAGAGCUACCGUGCCGUGGCAAAUGCUUGUGGUCGCAAUCCGAUUUCAAUUGUCAUACCAUGUCAUCGUGUACUGGCCUCAAACAACGGUCUGGGUGGUUACAGUAGUGGUGUUGAGAAGAAAGUGUUGCUGUUGGAUCUUGAAAAGGGAACGAGCCGUGUAGAAAAGAAACUUUGAAGCGAGUUGAAAUGAAAGAAAAUCUUUGAUUUAGUCUAGAAUUAAGCUCCAGUUUUACACAAAGGUCGCGAACUUGACAGUAAAAAUAGAAUAA